CUUUGUAGUACAAAAACCAUUCUAAUAGAUAUUCGAACCCAAAAAAACAGCUGAAACAACCACACUCAUCAUUAUCAUCAUCACUCUUUGGUAUCAUUAGAUCAUAAUGAGCAACUCAAAAUCAUACUGGAGGAAGCAAAGAUGGGGAACGCCUCCACAAAUGCUAACGCCAUUGAUGGAAGGACCAGAUCCAGACAUGCAAGAUGAAAGAGCCAAAAAGGAGAGCUCAUGGGAAGCCAUCAGAGAAUGGUUUAAGGUUCACAAAGGUAUUUCUGGCAACAUGUCUUCUCCCUCCGUACAACCACAUUGCAACAGUUAUGACGUCGCGGCCAAGGGACAAGAUGUGAGGCUCUUGCUCGGCGUCUUAGGCUGUCCUCUUGCUCCAAUCUCCGUUGUCGGCUCCGAUCUACUACCCGAUGACCCUCUUCUUGGCUGUUUCCAAAUCAAGAAUGUCCCAUUUGAGACGUCGACGGCGCAUUACAUAAUACAACAAUACUUAGCGGCAACGGGAUGUCUAAAGCGAGCUAAGGCGGCCAAAAACAUGUACGCAACGGGGAUAAUGAAAAUGAGUUGCUGCGAGACGGAGAUCGCCGCUGGAAAAAGUGUUAAGACACUCGGUGGCGGCGGAAAUGGUCGGAGCGGAGACAGUGGUUGCUUUGUACUGUGGCAGAUGCACCCUGGGAUGUGGUCUCUGGAGCUUGUUCUCGGUGGAACUAAACUCAUAUCCGGCUCCGAUGGUAAAACCGUGUGGCGCCAUACGCCAUGGCUAGGUACUCACGCCGCUAAAGGCCCUCAACGUCCACUUCGUCGACUCAUCCAGGGCUUGGACCCAAAAACAACAGCAGGCCUAUUCGCAAAGGCCCAAUGCUUAGGCGAGAGAAGGAUCGGAGACGAUGACUGUUUCGUACUCAAAGUAUCCGCCGAUCGCGACUCACUGAUCGAGCGUAACGACGCCGGAGCUCCGGCGGAGGUUAUACGCCACGCGCUGUACGGAUACUUCUGCCAGAAGAGCGGUCUGCUGAUCUAUCUGGAGGAUUCGCACCUCACCAGAGUCACGACGAUCUCGCCGGAAGACGAGGCGGUUUACUGGGAGACGACGAUCGGAAGCAGCAUCGGAGAUUACCGCGACGUUGACGGAGUCGCCGUGGCUCACUGCGGACGUGCCGUCGCGACGGUGUUUAGAUUCGGAGAGACGUCGUUGCAGUAUAGUAGGACGAGGAUGGAGGAGGUGUGGAGGAUAGACGACGUCGUAUUCGAUGUGCCUGGACUUUCGUUGGAUUCGUUUAUUCCUCCCGCCGAUAUAUUUGAAGACGAUAACAAUAAUUCUCCUGUUUACAGCAAUGUGAAUUCCCGAUAAAAUGUGAGACUAAUUUAAUAACUAAAGACUAUUUAUUGGCGGGUUAAUUAGUUGAUGGUAUAAUGUGACUUUUGUUUUUGUAUAUUUAUCGAGAAGUUUAAUGUUUGGUUUGGGCUUUAUAUGAAA